GCCGCGACCUCCGCACAGGUGGUCGCGCCGGUCCCCUCCGCGAUGUUGCUCAAAGUUCUCGUGUUCCUCCUGCACAUAUUUCUCAUCAUCCACUUCAGGUCGACGGGACCUCAGACUUCAGUGGAAGAUGAAGCAUUUGGCUAUGAUGAUGUCUUUGACCACCCCCAGCCUCAGCUUCUAAGCAGGAAGCUUCUCUCUGAAGAAAUAAAGCCCACCACUGCCAUCACAACUGCUACAGAGGCUCCACGCAAACUCAGCAAACUGCAAGAAGCCUCUCUCAUCCUGGACACGAUCCUGAAUAAUUAUGACCACAAGCUGCGCCCUGGCAUUGGUGUGAGGCCCACCGUGGUCACCGUUGAGGUCUCCAUCAACAGUCUUGGCCCUAUUUCCAUCAUGGACAUGGAGUACACCAUCGAUGUCAUCUUCCGUCAGAGUUGGUAUGAUGAACGCCUUUGUUACGAUAACACCUUUGACAGCCUUGUUCUGAGCGGUGAUAUGGUGAGCCAGCUGUGGCUCCCAGACACCUUCUUUACGAAUUCUAAGAAGACCGUGGAGCAUAGCAUCACCUUGCCCAACCAGAUGGUCCGCAUCUACAGGAAUUGCAGGGUGUUGUACACAAUUAGGAUGACCAUUGAUGCGAGAUGUUCGCUCCACAUGCUCAAAUUUCCAAUGGAUUCUCACUCUUGCCCUCUGUCUUUCUCUAGCUUUUCCUACCCCGUGAGUGAGAUGAUCUACAAGUGGGAGGAUUUUGAGCUUGAAAUGAGUGAGAAGAACACCUGGAAGCUCUUCCAGUUUGACUUUACUGGAGUGACCAACAAAAGUGAAAUUGUCUCCACUCCGGCUGGUGAGUUCAUGGUUAUGUCGUUUUUCUUCAACAUGAGUAGGCGGUUUGGCUAUAUUGCCGUUCAAAACUACGUCCCUUCUUCUGUGACUACGAUGCUGUCCUGGGUUUCCUUUUGGAUCCAGAGAGACUCUGCUCCAGCCAGGACCUCUUUAGGGAUCACCUCUGUACUCACCAUGACUACUUUGGGCACCUUUUCUCGUAAGAACUUCCCACGCGUAUCCUACAUCACAGCCUUGGAUUUCUACAUCGCCAUCUGCUUCGUCUUCUGCUUCUGUGCUCUGAUGGAGUUUGCUGUUCUCAACUUCCUGACCUACAACUACGUGAAAGCCAAUGCUUCUCCGAUACUCCGCCAUCCUCCUAUCAGCGGCGCCCGCGCCCGUGCUCUUGCCCGUGCCCGUGCCCGCCAGCAGGAGGAGGUGUUUGUGUGCGAGAUUGUCACUGACGGAAGUGAUGGAGAGGAACACCUGUCUUGCACAAUCCAGGAGCUCCCCUGCCCAGAAAGCCUUGAAGCCCCCCGUGGAAGGUUCGCUCGUUUGUUCAGGCGUGCCAGGAAGUAUUUCUGCAUGGUCCCUGAGUGCCAGGCCUGUACCUUUCAGAGGGGUCGCCUUCGCAUCCACCUCUUCCGCCUGGAUAACUACUCGCGAGUUAUCUUCCCGCUCUCCUUCUUCCUCUUCAAUGUGAUCUACUGGCUUGUUUGCCUUAACCUGUAGGUGCCAGUAGGUUCCCUGUGGGGCAGACUCCCCAGUUCCCCGGGAGAUUCCAAGCCCCUUGCCAAGGGAGUUGGGGGACAAUGGCAGCAACAGGGGCACCCAGUGUUUUUCCUCCCUUGUUCCCCUAAUACAAGCCUGAGAAGAGUUUCUCUUUGGUGGCCCUCUCCCCAUGAGUCCCUUCACUCAGUCUUCUCAGCACUCCCUUGCAAAGAAUUUCCCCCACCUCCUCUCUUCUUCGAGGGGCAUUCACGAUGCUCAGGAUGCUCAGUCUUUCAGAUCGCAGGCAUUUAAUGAUCAGCUCCCUAAAGCCCUGCCCAUCUAGGAGCAGAUUAGCUCACUCCCAGCUGUGCUGACAAUCACUGCCUUUUCUCAGAAACCCAAUACUGCCUUUGUGGUGCUAUAGGCCCAGCUCAGGCCUCUGCCUCAAAGUGCACAGACCAGCUAAUUUCCUCACCCUGACACCUCCUUAAAGGGCUAGACAAGAGUACAGGAGGACCCUACCCUGGUUUUUUUUCCCUAUCUCCUGUCCUCCCUUCCCAUGCAGAUAGACAGGCACUGGCAUUAUCUCUUUAGGAGGAGGGGAGCCGGCAAGUGGGUCUUUUGGGGACAGUAUCCCUCCCUCUGCUGCUGUGACACCUCCCGCUCCCUCCCCGCCUCCAUCUGCACCACCGAUUCAAUGCCUUGCAUCCAGUGGGUAUCUGUCUAUUUUGGUGUGUGGUGAUAUUUAUUACCCCCUGCUUUUAUGCCCCCUCUUCCUCUUCCUUGACCCCUGUGACUUGCUGUAACUUCCCCCGUGACUUUCCCAGCCCUAUCCAGGUGCUAGGCUUUGGUAAUUCCCUGGGACCAAGAAACGAAAGAAACUCUGCUUUGCAGUGGGCAUGGCCCACCAUUAAUUGGUGCCCACCUUGGGCACAGUCGGAGUUUGACAGCUUCCUUGGCCCCUGGACCCAUGAGCCAGUCCAUUCUUAUCCUUGGGGCACUCACAAUUCCACCCAAUCAAUUGAAUUCCCUUAAAUUUAUACAGCACUUUACCUCUGGAGAAGCACUUUUAACAAAUCCUUUCUAUUUGGAGUUUCAUUUCAGCCCUGUGACAUCCUCAGGGCAGAAUUCUUAUCCCCAUUAAGCAGAUGGGAACCCUGAGGCACAGAUUUCUAUGGGACUGUAGACCUUACUGGAAACCAUCAGGAGCCCACUGUCAUCUUUUAGACCACAUGACAGGGCUAGGCAGCUCUGAUCACAAUUUGAUUCUUUUGCUUCUACUGGCACCCCAGAUUGGUAGGCGCUUUUCAGCAUUGAUCUGCCCAAUUCCUGGGUCUGAGAUGCUCAGACUGCCCCCCAUAUGGACCUUCUCCUGGCUCUAGUCACCCAGUGAGAUGAAUUUGGACCAUAGCCCCAAUGCUUGUAUAUGCUAAAUGAAAUCUGUGUCUGUAUUUUAAGGUGGGUGGGUAGGGUGGGGAUCCAUCUGCUUUCUGUCACCAUCAUCUGAAAAGGGGAAUAUAUAAAUAAAUCA